GGUCGCCCCGCGUCAACUUUGAGGCCCCUGGCAACUCCACCCACUUCUUUGGACCGCGUCGGUAGAGCACGGAAGCUCUCAGGACAGCGGGGCAUGACAUCUUUUUGUACUUCACACUCUAGUCCACUAACAGGCGCUGGCUAGCGCGCAUCUGGCGGCAGGCUGCCUCUCUGCGGACUAAGCGCCCAGAUAUGACGGAGCAGCAUGCUAAGUUGAGCUGGGAGGGCUACAGUCCCGCCUUUAAAAGCAAGAGCAAAAACCGACGCGUAUGAACUGGCUUAAAGCCUCCUGUUUGACAGACCCUCACUUCACCUCAGGGAAGAAUUUCCAAGCUCUUUGGCUUGUGCAGUCCCCACUUGCUGGUUAUCUCCCGUACCUUUCACCCAGUGCUGGCUCUGGAAGAAUCUGGCGUCUUGGCAAAAUUCUAGUAGCCGAACUCUUAAAGGCAAACAGGAGGGCAGGACUGGGAUUAAGUUUUAUCACUUUGUUGGGUAGUUCACACCUUCAUGAAUUAUAGGCCUGAAACAGAGCAAACUCAAGGGACCCGAGUUGCCCCAAUUGGAGGGUCCUUACCUGCAUACUUAAGAACACAGGACACAACCCAAAAGCAGACACAGGGGGAAAAACAAUAAUAGGAUUUAUUUACACAUGGAGUGAGAAAAGAGAGAGAAUGGACAAGCUGACACUGACCAGAUAGAUGCUGUCUGUCCUACCACAGAUACCUCUGCUGAACAGAAACCAAAGACAAAGCCCGAAGUGGCUAGAUGGUGGCUUCUCCACAGACACCACACCACAUCAGCAGUUUAACUGCCAAAAGCCCCAGCUCCAGCCCUAUUUCCCAUCAGCCCCUAUUGGAGUGGAGUGUGGACCGUUCUACAUUCUACCAUACAGUUGGGUGUGCGCCCCACCCACUGACUUAGAGGCUUCCAGUGUCUACUGACCACGGCUCUUCUCAGCUCCUCCCAUUCCCUAAAUAGGUCCAGCAUCUGGACCAACCAGUGUAGAAGGAAGCAUUCGCUAGGAAACAAUGACCAGGAACAAACAGGGAAAGACCUUUUUAUCCUACCCUUUCCAUCAAUCACACCCCCCACGGCUGGGAUGGGGCAUGGUUUUCUCAUCCUUCAAAACAAGAAACAAGGAGGAGUGUACCUCUGUCUCCAGUGUGCCUCCAGUCUUCCACUUCAGCCCACAGCAUUGUGCACAGCUCAAGAACCAAUAUUUGAAAAAGGCUGCUACAAACCUUACCUUCUCUCAGGAGGUAGUAUGGCAACGAGGACUGCCCAGCAUUCCUUAUAGCCAGUACAGCUUUGACCAUCUCUACAAUACAGACAACAUUAUCCAGCCUCCCCAGAUCAGGAGGACCCAACCUAAGAAACUGGUCAGCUUCAAGCUCUUGGAGUUUGCAGGUACCUCAGCAAGGGUUACUUCCCAGGCUGUGAAGACAGAAACCACUGCCAAACUUACAGUGAAACUGAAGAAAUCAAAGCCAGCAAACCCAAUCCAAGAAAUGCCUUACCCUCUCACCCUUCAUCCUUCCAGGGAUCCAGACAUGCUGGACACAGCUUCCCCAGAUGUAAACCUGGAGGAAAGGGAAACCUGGCUUCCACCUUCUGAGAAGGCAGCCAGAGCUUGGGAGGCCCUUGUGCUGGAAAAGCUGAACAAGCGCACUGCCCGAUGGAUUCAAAACAAACGUCCCCCAAGGCCUGGGGUACCUUCCAACAAGUGGCAGAACUUCUUGCGCCAACAGUAUGACUGGAGCCACAUCCGGGAUGAGCUCACUUCUGCUAGUGACUUGGAACUCUUGAAACAGCUGGAGGCCGAAGAGACAGCAGAAUUUGAGGGAAAAAGUGUUAUUCCACACAUCCCGAAAAAAGAAAAGCCAGAGAUGCUGCUUCCUGUUUAUUACAGGUUACCCAAUUACUUGCCAGAAGUAUAUUCAGUGGAAUCCACGCCUUGCAACAAUGAGACAACUGAGGAUGUCAAUGGAAAGAUGAGAAGCUUCUGGCCACCAAACCAGAGCUACUUCCGACAGGUGAAUCCCCGAGCUGGAAAGUAUGCUUACUCCACAGACAACACCUUUGAACAGGAGAUAUACUUUGACAAAGUCCAGAUCAUCCACCAGUUAGGCAGAAAGAGAGACGAAAUAUUACUGGCAAACCUUAAUCGGUACAAGAAGCAUCUCUCUAAGAUCUUCCCUGAAGUUCCAGAAAGGUGGACCUCCCAGCCGGUUCCUGAAGCAGUUUAUAGGCCUGUGAAAGGAGCCCAGCGCUGGACUGCUUUGCCCACUCCGGUCAAGGAUCUGCUGCUGCAAGUGGGUGAGAAGGAUGUGCCCAGUAAGACCAGGAGGAAGCAGGGAGAUUCUCUAAAGGAGAAUGUGACUUGGGAACUGGUGGUUCUGCGGAAGAUGCUGCAGGAAUGGAAGACUGGCUGGGCGCUAAUUACUGAGUGGCACCAUAGGACAAUAGAGGGCCUGCUGCAGAACUUGAGGGACAUGCAUGAUGACAUUCGGAUCCAAGCCAUCAUCACGUGUGCCACAGCUGCUUUAGAACGGCCCCGGAUUGCCAUCAGUCAGAGUGACUCAGACAAGGAGAUUGUGAAAGCCCCACCUAUCCAGGACUUACCAGAGGCUCUACAUCCUGCCCUGGAGGCUGCUCUUUGUGACAAGAAUGCCAAUGUGCGGAUGGCAGCAGCGCUAUGCCAGUAUGCCAUACAGUCACAUAAUCCUCUUGCCCAGGAGAUCAUGCAGACUGCCCUUUUGAAGGGUAAUAGUGUGGACAGCUGGGCUGCAGCUCAGUGCUUGGCUGUGGAAGGUGCUGCCACCUAUCCUGUGAUUAAGAGGAUCCUCCAUCAGCUGUUUAACAAGAAGAAUGAGGCCACUGCACAGCAGUCUUGUAUGCUCCUGCGCCACCUCAGUGAGAAGACAACUCUGGUAAACACCAUGCUGGCGGUGGAGCUAAAUAGCCAUCAGUGGAAGGACCGGAUUAUCGCCUGCCAGGCUCUCUCCUGGAUUAAUGGAAAUGUCAGUUUGGAUAUGAAACAUAAGUUGAUCCAGCUGAUGUGGAGUGACUGGAAUAAGAAAGUGAGAAAAGCAGCUGCCCAAACUCUGGGACAAAUGAGUCUUGGGAAAGAGGUGCAUGACACAAUAAGAGUCAAGCUGGGUCAAGGAAAUUCCCAAGAGCGUGUGGAAGCCCUCACCCUGAUUGGUGGACUCAAACUCAUGACCGCCAAGCUCCUCCCAAAUUUCCUGAACUGCUUCUCGGAUGACUUUAUGGCAGUUCGGCGGGCAGCCUGUCAGGCAGCCGGUGCCCUGCAGAUCCGGGAUAAGAUGGUCCUUGAAUGCCUUCAGAAUCUGAUACAGACAGAUCCUUACUGGAAAAUCAAGGCUGUUGCCAUUCGAGCUUUGGGACAGAUUGGCCAAGUAAGUCCCCAGCUAACAGAACUUCUGCUUUGGGCUAUUCACUAUGAAGAGUCACCAGGUGUACGACUAGAAGCUUGCCGCAGCAUUACAGCCCUCAAACUUCAAGGAGAUCGGGUCAGGGAUACCUUCCUAGAUGUGCUGCUCCUAGAGAAUCAUGAUGCUGUUCUAAAAGAAAUUCACCAGGCAAUGAAGAUACUCAACUUAGAAAAAGAAGGAAACCAAGAAUUGCUUCAAGAGAUCAAGAACAAGAUUCAAGCACUGAGUCAAAAGGACUUGCUGACGCAGAAAAUAUUAAAGAUUGAGAAGGCCAUAGGAAAAGUAAAGGAAGAAGCAAAACGUGUUUACCUGCAACCCAAAGAGGGGCAAAGCCCAUUGAAACUACAUACUUUACUUCAGAAAACUUUUCAGGAUGAGAUAUUUCCUAGAAGACCAUCUGAGUUUUAUGACAUUGAAACACUCAUAAAGCCUGUGAAACCCCGCACACCAAAUCCCUGGUCACGGAGUUCAGUACUGGGCCUAAACACAAGAAGAAGAGGUUUCUCCUCACUUUUUAAACGUCCAUGCAGUGCCUGGGAUGAAAGGAAUGAGAUGGGGCCAUUUGGAUGUGACGACCAACAUCUCUAGCUGAGUAAAAACACAUGAAGUUUUGUCCAGAGUCAUGUCCUCUUCCCCGGAAAGAAAGGUGAUUAUUUUUCAGAUGCACUCUUCUCUUGCUUCAAGACACAAACAGCAACAGACACAGUGACACCCUGUCUCUUCAAUUGAUAUUGUAUAAUCUCUUUGUCAUUACAUUUAUAAAGAAAAAUCUAUUUAACUGUACAUCUGCUUUUUUAAUGUGC